AUGGGCAAAAGCGACAAAAAGGAUAAUUCAGAGCAGAUCUUAGAAAAGAAGACAGACAAGAAAGAAAAGAAGGAGAAAAAGGAAAAGAAAGAGAAAAAAGAAAAGAAAAAGGAAAAGAAAGACAAGAAAGAAAAAAAGGAAAAGAAAGAAAAGAGAAAGAGGGAAGACAGCAGUGAUGACAAGUCUGCAAAGAAGAGCAAAUCAAAUAAUGAACAUAUAAAAGAAUCAGACAAUGCAACGGGUGGAUGGAAUAACUGGGAUAAAGCAAGCUUUGGAGGCGAUGAUGCCAAGAAAGACAAGUUCUUGAGGCUGUUAGGUGCAAAGAAAUCAAGCAGUGACAAUCAAGAGAAAAAGAAAGGCGGUUUGUAUGGAAGUCUAAAGAGUGCCAUUGAUGAAGAUGAGAAUCAUCGCAUCAGUCAUGAUUUGGAAAAGCAGUUCGAUCACGGUUUACAAUUUAGAAAACAAAUGCAAAAGGGCAGACGUGGAGGCUUAGGAUUUAAUUAA